AUGUUUCGUCGAAUUUGGUCAGCAUUCGCAAUGCGAAACUUGGAAUGGGACGUCAUGGGAGUGAAGGUUGAUGGUCGGCAGCUACACCAUUUGCGCUUUGCUGAUGAAAUCGUCCUUAUAACACCUAGCAUCAACCAAGCGGAACGAAUGCUGAUUGAAUUCGACGAAACAUGUGGAUGCAUCGGUCUUCAGCUGAAUCUGCAAACGACGAUGUUCAUGGGUAACGGAUGGGAUGGAUGCCCCACCCACGCUUAA